AUGCCCCAAGAUAAUGCUGCUUUCCGACAAUCGUCAGACGGGAGGCCUUCAGAGUACGGAUUUGGACCGGGUGCCUACCCAAUUGAAACUGUUGAUGUCGAUGACUUUGAGGAGCGCAACGAGGAAGCGGGCCACAUUGUUGUUUUUCAUGCGCAUGCCCCUGCUGCACCAUGGGACAUCACCGGGUCGGUCGACACGUCAUUAAUAAAAGGCAGCGUUUCGCUCUUCCAUCCCCAUCGCCAGCGAGGCCGAGCAAUACAGCAACGUCCAAGAGGACCAGGAGCCUUUCCUUCGGGGGCCGACUUGGAAUUCUUCUCUGCAAAUGGCGAAUCUGUGGAACUUUUUGAAACCAUUCCAGAAGACAACCCCGGUGGCUUGGCAGUCGCUUCCCCAGUGGAUCAAACUGACACAUCUCGAGCAGACCUUCCCCAGGCCAAAGAAAUCGUUGGCUCAGAUGCCAAGCAACAAAAGGCUGGCCAACAAACAAAACAAACGACAACCGCACUGGUCCUGGGGGCGAUCUUCUUGCUUGUCGUCGUUCUUUUUGCAGUAUUUGCGGUUGUUGCACCAGGAAAGGACAGUGACGAGCCAACGCCAUCCCAAGCGCCAAGUCUGGGCCCUACUGAGGCACCUACGUCUUAUGAAACCUACUUGAUGUCCUUGCUGCCAGAACACACAAUCAUGGCAAUGGAAGACCCAGAAUCAUCUCAGUCCAAAGCUUUUGAAUGGUUGAUUGAAGACACCAACCAGAAUCCAUUUCAAGAAGAGUCGCGCUUGCUACAAAAAUAUGCUUUGGCCUGCUUUUACUACUCAACUGGGGGAGAAACGUGGCGGAACAAUGAAAAAUGGCUCAACUAUAGUGUGGAUGAAUGCGACUGGCGUGACAACAUCCAUUUUGCCAUGAACGACACCUUGUCGUUCGUUUAUCCAGGUUGCCUCGGAUCGUACCGGCCUCCUGAAGGCAACUGUGACGAGGCGGGACAAUACCAAAACCUUUGGUUGGACACGAACCAUCUUCUGGGAACCAUUCCAGAAGAAUUUUACAAGUUGACGAAUCUUAAGGCUGUAUCCUUGGGCUUGAACCCGCUGUUUGGGACCAUUUCAAGCCGCAUAGGGCAGCUGACUUCAUUGCAGUCACUUCUCUUCUUUGGCCAGGUCAUCACUGGUGUCAUUCCCAGUGAAAUUGGAUUACUGACAGAUCUUAUGAGGCGGCUGUACUUCUUUGACAGUGAUCUUUCAGGCACCAUUCCUACAGAGAUUGGCCAAAUGGAGUCUUUGGAAUGGUUGAUCUUGUUUGGAAAUCGCAUAUCAGGGUCCAUUUCCAGUGAGCUUGGCGAGCUCCUUCGCCUUUCCUUGGGUGCAAAUGAACUGCAGGGUACACUGCCCAAGCACAUGGGCGGAAUGACAUCAACCACCAUGCUGGAAGUCAGGGGAAACCAAUUGUCGGGAACCCUGCCAAGUGAAUUUGGCCUUCUGACCAGCAUUUCCAUGGUUCUUGAUGUUGGUGACAACCCACUAUCUUCCACUGUCCCCACAGAGCUUGGGCUGUUGACUGGGCUUUAUGACUUGUCACUUCAAAACUGUGGUUUCACAGGACCAAUCCCCACAGAGAUUGGCUUGCUUAGAACUAUUGGUGAAAUUCGGCUUGGACAAAACUCAUUUUCAGGAACGGUCCCUACAGAGCUUGCUGCUUUGCAACACUCUCUGUAUGCACUGAAUAUGCAGGGCAAUCCAAGGCUGUCUGGGACCAUUCCCAAUGGUCUUUGUGGUAUCAAUGCCACUUGUAUUCCAAACGCCUUGAAUCCUUGCCCAGUCGAUAUUGGUUUGCUGUUUGAUUGUGAUGACAACAGCUUGCUGUGUGGGUGCGACUGUUGUGCGUCUCUUCAAGAAAAUGGCACUCUUGGCAUGUAA